CAGCGGGUUCAAAUACCGGCUGAUCUCAGCCACUGGCACAUUCACAUGCUGACAGUGGCGGCUGUCCAGAGCCACGGACUGCAGAAACCCAUCCUGUCCAACAGGAACUUUCAUGGCUGCCUGGAGAACCUGCUGUACAGCGACAUCAACUUAAUAGACCUGGCCAAACACGGCAGUUCGCAGGUCGCGGUAGUGGGCAAUGUGACCUUUUCUUGUGCUGAGCCAGUUUCAGUCGCUGUGACGUUCACUGACUCCCACAGCUUCCUUCAGUUGCCUGGCCUUACAUCAUGGUCAACAGGGCUAGUGUCUGUAACGCUGCAGUUCAGGACGUGGAACAAGGGAGGUCUGCUCUUGACCUUUGGUCUCCCGCAGCAGGAUGGCACAAUUUUUCUAUACCUGAGCCAGGCGAGGCUUCGACUACAGAUCAGUAAAGCAGGCAGAUCCUCGCUGGAUCUCAGCGCAGAUAAUGAUCUAUUCUAAGAAAUAAA